AUGGGCCAUCGUUGGCGUCCUCAGUCACUGGCAGGUCAUUCCGAGCAUGCGAACACCACCUCUUCAACACCAACCGAAGACGUAACUACCACUCUGUCCAACCAUACCACCUCGCCAUCUACGACGACAACUCCUGUAUCAGCCCCUUCACAUUCUGGACCGCACUGCCAAUCUCCCCCCAAGCGUGUCCCCAGAGAUAUGUUGGGAAAUUCUGUGGGAGAUAUACUAGGAAAUGUAGUAGGAAUUGUGCAGCAAGAUCUUCGGGGUUCUCGCCUCGACUCCAACAAUGCUCCACCAUUGGGCCAACCGCCUUUCUGUAAUGCAACACAGGCCAUUACCACCACCCCUACGAACACGACCAAGCCGCCUCCAGAGACAAGUCCGCGAACGGUGCCAACCGUCAAGGGGACCACUUCAUCGAAUCGACCCACUUCACGGACCCGAAACACUCCAUUAACCGGAACCACUCCACUGACUCAAACAACCCACCCUCAGACACUCCCGGCGCUUAUGCCUGAUCCCCGUCCUCCCCUGCGGCCACCACAUGCGGCCCUCUCUGCACACGUAUCGAACAAGCCAGUAGCAUCUAUUCAGAUUCCAGCCGCGAAUACCACGACGUUUCCAAAGCCAGUGCCCAAACCUCACACCCUGACGUCCGUUGUCCGGACCACUGUUCUGCCCACCCCAGUUCGCCGGCUCUCUGACGUCAAUGUACAUCUCCAAGAAGUAUCUCAAGCCAAUACACCGGCUACUAGCUUGCCCCCUGGUCAAAAUUCUGCAGCGAUCAUGACAACUUCUCCCAGUGGGCCUACACCCUCAGCAUUGCCUCAGUUCGAUUCCUCAAAUCGACCUGUGGAUGAUGCAUCCGGAUUCGGAACUCCAACCAAUACAGCAGCCGGCACCGGGAAUGACCAGACAGAUUCCACACUCACAAUCAACUCUGGUGCCAGUGCAACGAACACCUCACAGAAGAAAUCACCGUACAUCAAGGCCGUCAUAGGCGGCUGUGUGGCUGCAGCCGUGUUCCUCGCCUUGCUCCUAUGCGUUGGCGCUGGUUUCUAUUUUAUCCGUCGAAGGCAUCGCAGGAAAAAGCGCCUAUAUGCAACCAUUGUAAAGUCGCCUCAUCCCCCACAUGAGUCGCAUACGAGUGUGGGGACGGCAGCACCGGCUUAUGAAACGAUCUCGACCGUUGAACGCAACAACGUGACCCCACCCCGCACACGCCCUCCCUCGCGUUCCGACACGCAGCAGGUGGAUCAGAGUCGCGCCACGUCUCCUUCUUUAGAAUAUGUCUCUACAGAAGCCGAAGCCUCGCAUGAAGCGUCUCGAAAACAUUUUGAGGUUCAUGUCACGAAUGACAGCUCCAGCUCUUCUUAUUACUCGGCGAACCCAUCCCCCAUGCCCGGGUCAGACAGGAAGUCUGUGAUGGAAGCUUUCCCGAAGCCAGGCCAGCAACCAUCCGCUGACCAAAGUACAAACCCUUUCCGUCGCUUAGGUUUCAUCCCGAACAGGAUGUCUUGGAGCAAAUACACCUUGAAUCCGCCUUCUUUGCUCCUUGCUCGGCCACCCGACAGAACGAGUAGCAUGCAGACGGGGGACAGUAAAGAAUCCAGAAUAUCCGCGAAUGGUAUUACUGCCAGCCAGAUAGGCAUCGCUCUUUAG